CUGAAUCCUAAAUACAUCCAGUCUUCUCUGAAGACAGGCUCAACUUCGCAUACUCACGAGAUGGAUGACUACUGAAUUAUGGGCUGCUAGAGCUUAGAAACAAACUCCUUCGGCGAUAACGCAUCCCCACUGUAUCCUAGUAUCAGACCUUCAACAACAAUAUGGCGAGUGAAACGGCCUCAGAACGCCAGAUUCCAAAUGCAGUCGGUUUCAUUGGACUAGGCAAUAUGGGCUGGUGGAUGUCCUUGAACUUACGCAAGGCCUUGCCCAAGUCUACGAAAUUAUAUAUCUACGACAUCGUUACAUCGAUUCUGGAUAAGUCUGCAGAAAAUGCAAGGACUCAAGGCCUCGGAGAAGUCGUGAUAUGUCAAAGCUCUCGUGAAGUCGCCGUUAACUCUGAUGUCACUUUCGUUAUUGUUCCAGAGGGCAAACACGUCCGAGAAGUGUUCUUCAGCGAGAGCGGUAUACUUUCAGGCCCGGUGGACAACAAGACCCUUGUCGACUGUUCGACAAUCGAUCCAGCAACUUCACGAGCGGUCUUCGAAGCGAUUUCAAAGAGUUCAUCUUCGGCUCAUUUCUACGAUGCCCCAGUUUCAGGAGGCAUAUACGGCGCCGAAGCGGGCACACUCAGCUUCCUAGUCGGAGCAAGCGAAUCCGAUAGUUUCUUCCACCAGUCGCUUAAACCUCUCUUGGAAAUGAUGGGGAAGAAUAUAUUCUGUAUCGGUGCACAGAGUCUUGGACACGUCGCUAAGCUCUGUAACAAUUAUUUGGCCGCCAUCACCAAUCUUGCUACGGCCGAAGCUAUGAACAUCGGCAUGCGGCAUGGUGUUGACCCAAAGUUACUUGCGGAUGUAAUCAAGAAGAGUACUGGAAGUAACUGGCAGAGCAACAAUAUGAACCCCGUUCCCGGUGUCUGCCCAGACACAGCUCCAUCCAGGGGCUACAAGCCUGGAUUCAAAGUUCAGUUCAUGGUUAAAGACCUCAAUUUACUCCUGGACUGUGCGAAGGAAGUAGACGCUAAGAUCGCUUUGGGACACGACGCUGUAGCUGCAUACAAGGCUACUGCGGACGAUCCACGGUGCAAGGACCUGGAUCUGAGUGUAGUUUAUCGUUGGCUUGGCGGGAAGGAAUAAAAAUGUGAAGUUAGGAGAAUGUAUAUACUCAUGAGUC